CAGGCUGGAACUGACCUGUCCUUGUCUGUUCCUCAGGCUAGAACGGACCUGUCCUUGUCUGUUCCUCAGGCUAGAACGGACCUGUCCUUGUCUGUUCCUCCUUCCAUUUUUAGCUCAUAUCUCCAUUUUAAAGUAGUACAUUUUUCUUCUUCAUUGGAUAAUUGCUCCCAACUCAUAGGAAUCCCCACCCUACUUUAAAAUGGUGAAACUGAAUGCCCUUAUGCUAAAACGGUUUAUUCCCAUGAGUUCUCUAUCUCUAUGACAACAGGCACAACUCAGAUAUAACAGGUGUGUAGUGCUGGAGGAGGCGAGGUAGGUGCACUCCCUCACUUUUUUCAGUUCGAUAAUACACCGAAAAUGUAUUCAGAUUCGAAAUAUAUUAUAUUUAAUUACGACAAAAAUUCCAUGAACAACGAUUGAAUGACCAACCAAAUAAAUACGUAGGCACAGCAGCCUACAGGUCUUCUCUCUGGUGGUGGCGAGAAAGACGAGUAACGGCUCUGCAUCUCAACCAAUAGCCAAUAUAGGCUAGAUAUCCCAAGCAGGGCUACAGCAACUUCCAGAGAGGAUCAGGCUCCCUGGGCUUUGCUGUGGCCACUCUGGGUUGGGUGUCCUCGGGGACAACGGUGUAACUGUAACCAAGUGGUAACAUAUCGUUUUGGGUUCCACUGUGCAAGAGGGGUCGAUGGAGUUUUAUGAAUAUCAAAGCAGACACGGUGAAUUUAGUUGUUGUUUUUUAACGUUCUGAUUGGCCAAAGUUCUCGAUCCUCCAAAAUCAAAUCAAAUGUUAUUGGUCAAAUACACACGGUUAGCAGAUGUUAUUGCGAGUGUAGCGAAAUGGGCCUUUGCAUUGCACACAUGUAGCCUGCAUUUCUACCUUGGUAUGUCAGGGUGGGAAAUGGGAAUUGGGCCAAGUUGGAGGGUAAUAGUGCAUUUAGGUUCUAGUUUAUUGAGAUGCGUGAAUACACCACACCAAAAUAUGGAUUUUAUGGCUGUUUUAAAACGAAUUUCCUGCAAUUCCAGGUAGUAAUGAUUUAUGUUCACUACUUAGUUAAUUGAUUUGAUGAUUACGUCUAUGAAAAUAAAUUAGAUUAUAGUUAACCUCUGUGUUUUUCUUUUAUUCUGUAAUAGGGUAUAUUGUAACCAUGUGUUCAAGCUAAUCAAAUAAAAAUUGAUUUCGCGCUGACCUUUUAGAUCCACGAAGGGCGCUCCAAUCCUUUAAAAUAACCCUCAACAUCAGCUGCUUUACGGCUAAUAGUCCUGCUCAUCACUUAUUAAUACAAAUAAGAAGAUUAUCACUUCUCACAAAGGUGCUCGUUUACUAAAGUUAGAUCAAAGCGGGAAUCAAUGUCUUGCAAAAUCACAAUGAUUAAUUAGUAGCCUAUUUUACUUAACAGAACCAAAUAUAAUAGCGUUGCAUAGUAGAGGCCUGUUACUGUUACACCACAAACACCCUCAUUUCUAUGGAGAUUUUAGGAUGGUUAACUGAAGCUGAAUAGUGGGAAAAUAUAUAAUGUGCCCAAACUCAAAAGAGCCACUGGGCAGGAUAUAUACGCUUUGAUUGAAACUAAAAUACAAGAAAGGCUAAUAGUUAGUGAACACCAUCUGCUGUAAUUCGCUCACGAAACAGUCAUUCAAGAAGGUAGAAAUCCAUAUUCCCAUGAAACGGAUUGAGAUCAAUCAAACGAUUGGCAUGCAGAUGCCGUUUCAUCGGUAAAACCUGAAGAAUUACGAUUCACGAUGGACAGUGAUGACGGCCUAUUUGUUUUAUUGGGUAUGUCUAACUUGGUGUUUGAGGGUAUUAACAAUAGAACAUGUUCUUGAGACAAUAUGUGUGGGCCUAGUCAGACGUUGCUAAUGGAGGAUGCAUUUUAUGCGUAUUCUAUAACAGGGCUCACCAUCCCUGCUUCUGGAGAGCUACCUUCCUGUUGGUUUUCAUUCCAACCCUAAUCUAGCGCACCUGAUUCUAAUAAUUUGCUGGUUUAUAAGAUUAAUCAGGCUAUUUUAUUUAUUUUUAUUUAACCUUUAUUUAACUAGGCAAGUCUGUUAAGAACAAAUUCAUUCACCCCGGCCAAACCCUAACCAGGACGACGCUGGGCCAAUUGCGCACCGCCCUAUGGGACUCCCAAUCAUGGCCGGUUGUGAUAAAGCCUGGAAUCGAACCAAUGUCUGUAAUGAUCCCUGUAGCACCAGCCUAGUUACAACUGGGGUAGCAGUGAAUGCUUACAGCACAGUAGAGCACCAGGGUUGGAGAGCCCUGUAAUGAUAGGCUACAUCUGUCGGUACAAACUUUGAUUGGGGAAAUGAUGACGUCUUUGCAUAUUUUUUGGGGGGGGCUCCCUCACCUAAAAAAAAAUAGCACUAGAUAUAAAGUUUUUUUUCUUCCGAAGUUGCCACGUGCGUUCACUCAUAUCAGUGCAUUUGUAAAUACCAAACCAUUACAAAACCUUAUUAUAUCAUAUAAGCCUCACGUAGCAAAUUAGAAAUUACAUAUUUUGUUUACCAAAUUCGACACUCAUUGACCUCCAUACAAACAUUUUCUUGGACAGAUUUUGUGCGGAGUGAAACCUCUCGCUUCGCCUCUUCCUCUUUGCUUUAAAGCGCAUUUGAUUUAACCGACCUCGUAGGCAAAUCAUGAACGCGAUUGGCCAUUCAUCGCCCUACACACUUGAUUGACAGUAUAGCCGACCAAUGGUGAGCGGUUAAACUAUCGCGGUGGUUGGAGGGUUAGCGAUGAGUCUUCUUUGGACAAAAGAGAUAUAUAUAUGCAGCCUUCGCAUUGUUCCAUGUGGCAACUUUGUUACUACUUUCGGCCAAGGAAUGACAACAUUUGCUGGAUACUUUUGUUCCGUUUUGUAGCUCCGUUAUAAAGGUACCGUCAUCUUUCGGCACUGUUGGAGCACCGGCUGCUAGCCACCGCAAGCAAUCCUAGGUAGUGAGAGGAGAACUGUAAGAGAGGACAUCGGGGAGAGAAGAGUGACCAGUGGUGUGGGCAGAGAUGGGAGAACCAGAGUCCCUUAAGUUUGUCUCUCUGGAGGAGGAGGUGGACUACUGGAAGGAACUGGCGACCAAGCACCAACAGAGGGCUGAGGAGGUGCAGGAGGAGCUGCAGGAGUUCCAGCAGAUGAGUCGUGACUACGAGGUGGAACUGGAGACUGAACUCAAGCAGUGUGAGACACAGAACCGAGAACUCAUCACACAGAACAACAGGCUACACAUGGAACUGGAGAACUACAAGGAGAAGUAUGAAAGGCAGCACUCGGAGGUGUACCGUCAGAUCUCUACUCUGGAAGAAGACCUGGCUGAGACCACGGCCAUCAGAGACCAGCUCCAUAAAUACAUCAGAGAGCUGGAGCAGGCUAACGAUGACCUGGAGAGAUCCAAGAGGGCUACCAUCAUGUCUCUGGAGGACUUUGAACAGAGGAUGAACCAUGUGAUAGAGAGGAAUGCCUUCCUGGAGAGUGAGCUGGACGAGAAGGAGAACCUACUGGAGUCAGUUCAGAGACUGAAGGAUGAAGCCAGAGAUCUAAGACAGGAGUUGGCUGUCCAACAGAAGCAGGAAAGACGACCGUCCUUCACUGUCACCAAAGACUCUUCCUCAGACAAGACGGAGGACAAAACAUCCCUCCAUACCUCCCAUUCAUCCACACGACCGCCCUCAUCCCUCCAUACCGCCCCUCCUGCUCUCCCUCCAUCCCUCCUCUCCACUCCCUCCAGACCCCCCCACCCCUCAGCAAGCCCCUUCACCACCCCCCCACCCUCUUACAGCAGAGGCGAUGGCCUAUCAGGUGCUCCUCUCACCACGUCGACACGUAUCUCAGCUCUCAACAUCGUAGGAGAACUGCUGAGGAAAGUCGGGAACCUGGAGUCUAAACUCGCGUCCUGUAGGGAGUUUGUCUAUGAACAGUCUCCUGGUUGCAGUACCCCCUCUGGGGGACAGGGGGAGCCACCCAUCCAGAGAGGCACUUCUUCUGACACACCAUCCACCUCCAACGGACUCUACGAGAAAGGAAUGGUGAAGAUGUUAGACUUCGGACCAGGACCCAAAAUUAUUCUGUGA